ACUGUCAGUUCACUGAUGAUGGUGAAACCCUCGUCACAUCCUCAGAAGACACCACUGUCCGGGUGUGGAAGUGGAGGACUGGUGAGUAUCUUCGUGCUGGAGGGCCAUAAGGAGCCGGUCAGGAAGUUUCACCUGUUGAACAGCUCUACUUCCUCUCACCUGUUCUCUUGGUCGUUUGAUGGCACUGUUAAGGUCUGGGAUCUGGACAAAGGUCAGAUGCUGCAAGACCUUGAAUGUCAUAAGGGUGCUGUCCUGUCAUGUGACGUGUCCUCCGACAGACGUCUCUUUGUCACCACAUCGGCUGAUAGGACUGCUAAGGUGUGGAGCAGUGCCUUGUGGGAAAUUACUUUUUUGCUGGAGGGACACAAGGACUGCGUCCGUAGCUGCCGGUUUUCUUGGGACAACAUGCUACUCGCGACCGGCGACGACAACGGAGAAAUCAGGCUGUGGAGCAUGCUGAAUGGAGCUCUUCUGAAGACCUGUUCACGGGGCACCAAGGACUCCAUGGACUCUUUCCACGGUGGAUGGGUGACUGACCUGCACUUCUCCCCUGAUAACGGGGGUACUGGUCUCUACGGGCGGAUACAUCAAGUGGUGGAGCGUGGAGACCGGAGAGGCCUUGCAGACGUUCUACACGAUGGGAGCCAAUCUGAAAAAGAUCCAUGUGUCAGCUGAUUUCACCACAUUCGUCACUGUGGACGGCGUUGGAAUCCUUUACGUUUUAAAGAAGGUGGAGGGAGGAAGCCUCUAGAUAUCGUUUAAAAAAAAAAAAGUUUUCUGUACUGUACAAGGUUUAGAAUCAAAACUUUUUUGGAGAACCUUUGUACGUGCAAGAAAUCGUGAUGACUUCAAAACCAUUCAUAUUCUUAUUAUUUUAAAUGCUUUUUCUUACUGAUGUUUCAUAAUAUAGAACUGAACAAUCUGUCUUUUUCCAUGACAUGUCUUUGUGCUGUUGUAAUCUAAAGCAAGUACUGUGACCCACAUUGAUGGACGCCUUCGUUUCGGUUUCUUAGAGAGCCCAGUCUGGGAUUUCCUCUGAGGCCAAGCUUUUGAAGCAAUGCCUUAAUGUGUAAGGUGCAUUUUGGGUCAUUGUGCUUUUUAUUUUUGCACAAAAAUUUGUAGCGAAGGCUCAGGUGUGAUUACUGAUAGUGGAGUUUAAUGCAAGGGAUUUAAGCUGGCUUGCCAAUGAAAUGACAAACACCAUUGUAAAUAUAGAACUACAGACUUUAAUGUGCGUGGAUAAGUAAAAUCAUGGGAAUGUAGCACAGUUAGUGGUGAGGUUUCUCAGUGAGAUGAGGAAAAAACUAACUACACAAUUUGAACAUUGUCUGUGAAAAGGAAUUGCUUGUGGUGCUUGUAAGUCAGUGUGUAAUGAUAUGACAGUGAAAUGCUGUAACUAGACUCCAAUUUGUCCAUGCAGAUACACUAUUGGAUGACCAAAAGGUGAAAGUGUAAUUGUUUUUGGUGCGUAAGCCUGUUGCAAUGUGAAUGUAAAAUGCAAUACAAUCAAGGAAGAGCAAGGCAA